CACGGGCCUGAACACCAACACCAAUACCAUUACACAAGACCCCACAAUGCUGCAUCUUUUCACCCGAUCGUGCACUACCAUCUUGCUCAACACUUCCAAAACAACAUGUAUUCAGUCAGCCUCCUCCAGGUUUGGCUUCCGGGUACUCCGGACCCAACGUCCUCGACCACGAUUCUUCCAACACAAUGCCUUCAAGCAAUUCCCCAACCGAAAACUUCCCCCACAAUCGGGGAAACUAACUCUCAAGCCAGCAAUAAACUCCUCCGAAAACCUCCCUUCUAAACCCCAGCCUAAACUCCUCGAUAGACUGAAAGCUCAAGGGCAGUUAUCCCAAGACGAGGCUCCCAGAGACCUCUCUUACUCCCAACGCCUCUUUGCACCGCUCGUCUUCACUCUUGCUGUUUGCGGAGGUUCUUACUAUUUUGCUUUAACAUGGACACCUCCCCCACUUGACGCCCGCAUGUUCCCGGCCUUGCCUCAGAGUGUGACGACCGUUGCUGCCAUCAUUGCUGCCAAUGCUGCCGUCUGGUUUGCUUGGAAGAUCCCGUUGCCCAUAUCUUGGAGGUUCCUGAAUAGGUACUUUCUUUGUGCACCUGCGUUACCGUAUAGUGUAGGGUUGCUGGGGAGUGUGUUUUCGCAUCAGAGUUUGACGCAUUUGGGCCUUAACAUGUUUGCGUUGUAUAUCUUUGGGUCAACUCUCUGUGACCAAAUCGGCCGUGGCAAUUUUCUUGGGCUGUACUUCUCCUCGGGGGUCAUAGCUUCAUUUGCCUCCUUAACACAUAACGUCCUCCGUGGUCGCUUUCACGUCUACGCCCUCGGUGCUUCUGGUGCUGUCUUUGGUGUUCUCGGAGCAUUCACCUACUUCAAUCCCGAGACCAAACUCUCAUUUAUCUUCCUGCCGUUCAUUGGCCUACAAGCUAAAUACUUCAUGUCUGGCGUCGCGAUGCUGGAGGCAUUUGGAAUUGUGAGGGGAUGGCAGACAAUCGAUAAUGUGGCGCAUUUAGCGGGGUUGGGUUGGGGGGUCGGGAUGGCGUACUGGCUCGAGCAGAGAGUUAAGAGGAGGAGGAGGAAGCUUGAGGUUGCAAUGGUGCGAGAGAAUGCGUCAAAGAGGUGGUGGUGAGUAAGGGAAGUUUCAACCACGGUAGGUUAGAGGUGGGGCGAGGGAUAAUUGAUUAGAAUAUUAUUUUUUUUUGUGGCGUAUGCUCCCUUGAUGAGAGCCCCCAGUUUUGUUGCUCUAGGUAGGGGCGGGACGGGAAGGGGGAUUAGAACGGAUUGCGCUUAUAGAUGGUUGCAGUAUUAUCUCCGGA